CCACCGUAAUGUGUGUCAGAAGGUUGUCUGAGCUCCCCGAGUAGUAGAUGUAUCCCUCCGCGCUCCUCUCCUGUCCUCACGGUACCGCUCUCACCACCGCCAGCGCGCAUUGGUAGACACGAGAACGAUAUAAGACAGGAGCGUUGAUUUCGGGAGAGAAUGCCGGCGAUCAUCGGUAAAAACUCGGAGGACAUGGAGUUUGAUUCGCUGCAGCCGUGUUUCUACCCCGACGAGGAUGACUUCUACUUCUGUGGUCCCGACUCUGCGCCACCGGGGGAGGACAUCUGGAAGAAAUUCGAGUUGCUACCCACUCCGCCCCUCUCCCCGAGCCGCGCCGCGCUACCGGGAGACGCAGCAACGGGAGCGGACGGGAUUGUCGACCCGCUGGAUCCGCUGGACUGGGCUUCAGAGCUGCUUCUUCUCCCCGGGGACGAUAUUUGGGGCGCCUCGGACGACUUGGACUUGUUCGGAACCGAUUUGGAUACGGCUACCAGCGCGAACGGCAUCAUCAUCCAGGACUGCAUGUGGAGCGGAUUCAGCGCCAGGGAAAAACUAGAGAGGGUGGUGACUGAGAAACUCGGCAGGGCAAUUAACGGGGCGACGGUCACGGUAGCGGCUGCAGCAACGACAGCCUCGGCACCGGGAGGAGGCGCAGGAGGAACCAGCAGGAACGCGUGCGUCAAAGCGUCCGAGCUCGUUACGCGCAGCUCGGUGUCAGAGUGCGUGGACCCGGCGGUUGUGUUCCCUUUCCCGGUGAAUAAGAAGAGCGGCGUGGAGGCGGCGGUGAACUCGGAUGCCACUUCCACGCACGGGAGCGCACACAGUGACACCGACGAUGAUGAUGACGAUGAUGAUGAAGACGCAGAGGAGGAGGACGAAGACGAAGACGAGGAGGAGGAAGAGGAGAUCGACGUGGUGACGGUGGAGAAGCGGCGCGGCCUCUCCCUGGCGACCAUUUCCGCCAAACCUUCCGACCAGCGCUCCGCCUCCUCCUUAACUAACCGCUUUGUUAGCCGAGCGCCGCAAGAGCUAAUCCUCAAACGCAGCUCCGUUCACCAGCAGCAACACAACUACGCCGCGCCCUCCCCUUACGCUUCCGACGACGACCACGCCCCUCCCGCCAAGAAAACCAAAUCCGCCGACGCUCCGAGACCACCGACCCGCACCAACUCCUCAUCUUCCACCUCCUCGUCCAUCUCCAGCACCCGAAGCAAGCGAUCGUCUAGCGGAGAAAGCAGCCCUCGCGCCAUGGCAACCGGCUCGGAUUCGGAAGACAGCGAACGCCGACGCAAUCACAACAUCUUAGAACGCCAACGCCGCAACGACCUCCGUUCCAGCUUCCUGACGCUACGGGAUCACGUUCCUGAGCUAGCCCACAACGAGAAGGCGGCCAAGGUGCACAUCCUCAAGAAAGCCACCGAGUACUUGAGCUCUCUGGAGGAGGAGGAGCUCCGACUGCAGCAGGAGAAGGAGAGGCUUCAAGCGCGGAGGCAACAGCUAAUGCGCAGGCUAGAGCACAGUCGGACACGCUAACAAGUGGAGGUGCUAACCGCUAACACACUCAAAGUAGCCCCCCUUAGACUGCAAAAAGUCAAAUCUAUCUAAGUUAAAAUAGCUUGAAGUAAGGAAACGUUAUCUUGAUUUGAGUAAGUUGCAUUUGACAAGUAAAAAUACCGACCAAUGGAACAAGACUGUAGUACUUAAAAGUAGAGAUGCACCGAUUCAGGAUCAGGUAUCGGGCCCAUGAUAUCGAUUGAGUCGAUAUUCUGGUUGGGCUUUUAAUUGGAUGUAAUAAGGCCAUUUACAGUUAAUAAGGCAACUGUUGUUUCGCAAUACCUUCAAUGGUAUCGAUUAAUGUCAUGUAUUGGCAGAUGCUUGUCCAAAAUAUCGGUAAAAUAUUGGUAUCGGAACUGAAAAAGAUGGAUCGGUGCUUCCUUAAAACAGGGAACUACACCUUGUUACACUUAAGAUAAGAAAGACAACACAUCAUUGCACUUAAAAUGAGAAACUAAAUCUUGUGUUGCUCGAACUAAGAAAAAAAUACACUUUUACUUGUCAAGUUGAAUGGACUCAAAUCAAGCGAAAUCGUAAUUCGAGUCGUUUGAACUCACCUAGAUAUGACUUUUUCACUGUUCCCGGAUGAACCCUUCAACUGCAGUCUUUUUAAGCAAUCACGAAAGAAUGUAGAAUGUAUACAGAGUGUUGAAAUAUGGAGUUGUGUCCAAAAUGAGUCAUUGUUUAUACGUGUAUUGGUGUCCAUCUUUAAGUUCGAAGGACGAAAAGCGAAGAAUUUAUGGCUAAUAUGGCCACUAUUAUACGUUAUGAAACAAAAAAAUGGAGGAAAUCAAAUCAAAAAGUAAAAAUCUAGAGUGUAAGAAUGUAUCCAGUAACUUCUCUUCUUGUAUAAUGCGAUCGCAAUACUCCCCAGAAAAAUUUGAAUUGAAUUUUUAUUUAAAAAUUGUGCGGCCGAGCCAAAAACUAUUAUAACGUUUAAUGAAAUUCGAAUAGUUUAGACGCCUUUGAAGAGGAACCUUUGGGAUUGUCCUUAGUUUUCUAACCCUAAGUGAAAAAAACAAAACAAAUACAUUUCAUAAACCAUUACAUAAAUAACAAUGAUUCAUUCUGGACACAGCAAAAGAAGUCACUUAUCAAUGCAUGGACAAUACAACCAAUGGCCUUUUUAGCGUUAGCAAUGCCGGCUACGCUAAUUGGCCUUUUUUUUAUAUAUCUACAAGUGCUCACGUUUCACACUUCUCAGAGGACUUACCCACAUCGAUGCAUGGACAAUACAGCCAAUGGCCUUGUUAGCGUUAGCGAUGCCGGCUACGCUGAUCGGCUAUGCUAAUCGGCUGUUUCUUCGUAUAUCUACAAGUGCUCACGUUUCACACUUCUCAGAGGACUUACCCACGUAUUGACUGCAACUAUGGGCCCGCGGCGGAGUCCGAAGGGGGGCUCGAUUGGACUGUCACUGCAGACACUUUUUUUGCACAUUUGUUGACGUUAAGAAUGUUUCGGGUUUUUUUACUGUUUUUUCCCCAAAUCCACACAUCGAGGAGAAUAACGGAAGCAGCCGACAUAUAUAUAAACUUUUUUUUUACGGAAGUCUUCCAUUGAACUGAUAUCAUUUUUUCGUAUCUUGAUGGUUUUUUUUAAAAUGAUUUUUUAUUGUAUUCACUGUGACACCAGCCUGGAUUCAGGGAAAAGUUUUAAAAAGGUGUUAUAGGGCACUUUGCUUGGAGAGUUCACUUACUUUGCCUUCACCACUGCAAGAAAAUGACAUAAAUAAAUGCGCAAAUACAUUAAAGGCGCUGUACCUGAUUUUUAUAAAAACACAAAAAACAGAACUAGUUCAUUUUAAACGGUUUGCGGCGGUCCAAAGUUAUUCCUCACUUACCUUAUUCAUUCCGAGCAUUCUAAUGAUUCACUGUAAUGAGUUUAAACGCGAUUUUCACGACUGUCACGCUAAUGCUAACUACAACUAGCAUGCUAAUAGCCCACUCCCUGAUUAUCAGACAGUAAAACGCCUCAUAUUGAAAUGCAGAUAGUACAUGGCAGACUUAUUUUGACCUCAAGAGCUGCUUAUACAAUGUAUCUGUGCUGGGGCAAGACACGUUUUGCUCAAAAAAAUCAGGUACAGGGCCUUUAAUGAUCAAAUACAGAAGAUUUUUGUACACUUCUCUGGGUUAGAAUAGCCACUCUCUCUCCUCACUCCGGUGCUGUGGGCGCGUUUGUACUGUGCACCUUUUUACCGACACUUUUGUAAAUACCAUUAUUGUAAAUAUCAUUAAAGGGUCCGUAUUACGCUAUUCUCUGAUCUAUGUUAUAAUGUUGUGUCCUCAUCAAAAUCAUAUCAGGAUGUGUUUUGGUUCAUUCACACAUGUUUAACACACAAGCCCUGAGUAUUUAGGCUGAGUUCUUUUCUCAAGCUGAAAACACUCUCUUCCACCUUGUGAUGUCAUCAUGUGGUAAUACAGGAAGUGCUCCACUGUGUUUUUAAACUCCACACACCUUCACUAGAAUCAAUUGGAUGAUUUCAAUUUCAGCCCUGGAGUUGCAAAUCUCUACUGAACAAAAGGUAAAAGGAGCUGUUACCUUGAAAACUACCACUUCAUGACAUCACAAGGUGGAACUGAGCAUUUUGAGCUUUGGAGAUGUAGACAGACUAAUAAUAAAACAUGUGACUGAAACAAAACACAACUCCAGGUCUGUUUUUGAUGAGGAAAUAACAUUAUAACAGAGUCCAUUUUGUGUAAUGUAGGACCUUUAAACCAACUCCACUCAGACCUGCCUUGUUUUGUAAAAUGUUUUGAUCUUUUUUUUUUAAUACGUCUUCUUUAAGCUGCCAAUAACUAGACUGGAAGUUUAUAUACCUUUAAAGUACUGUAAGCCUCGAUUUUCUGAGAGUUGCGAUAACUUUGUAAUAUACGGAUAUGUUUAUUAUCAUGGUAUGUUCCUCCUCCUAUUUCUUUGUAUUGUACCAUAUUACUAAUUCUACACCAUUAUGCUUUUAGUGUGAUGCAUACUAAAUUUGAUACUUAUAUUUUCGUAUGAAAAUGAGUUCCGGGUAGAUAUCACUUGUCUCUGCCAGUGCUUGGUUUGUACAGUUCAUGGCCCUGGCUUUAGACACUCCUCUGUUCAUAUGUGUAAGUAUCGGGUGCAUACAGACUGGGUAUACAGAUAUAAGAUGUUUUUUCUUUUUCAUUUUUUUAAAUAUGUACAUUUAGUGCUGCAACUUAUAGCACUUUGAAAUACCUCAUUUUGAAAAUAAAUAGACUUAAACUGUU